AUGCUGAGAAAAGGAAAGAGGACCAGCUUCUUCAAGCCAUCGCCCUCCAACUGUGCCGCGAGGCCUGCUACAGGCAGCGAGCCUUUCGCCGACACGUUAAUGGAGGAGCGGAUCGCUAGCGUGGAGCCUUUGAUCAAGAAGUGGGCCGCCGACUCCUCCAGCACCUCCAGAUAUACUGUCGCUGCUUUUCUCUUCCAUGAAGGGCGCCACGAAGCCGCGCUCUACCUCAGCCAUGUCAAGGACCUGCACUCCGCAAUGCUGUGCUGCACCGGUGAAGUCUCGAACUCGGGCGUGAUCGUGCGGGCUCAUGAGCUGUUGCAGACCGCAGUGAGGCGGCUCUCCCUGGAAUUCCACCAGAUCCUGUCGUCGCAUCUCCCAUAUCCUGACCACGCCGAAUCGUUCUCAAGCCAGUCUUCGCGAUCCUCCACCCUAUCGAGCUUCUCGGACUUUGAAUACGAGUUGGAGGGCAAGUUAUCGACGAAGAAGUCCGCUGCCGAGCCAGUAAUGCAGGAAGAGGAGCGAGUUCCUAAUGCAGCGGUUUCCGAUAUAAAGACCAUCGCAGACUGCAUGAUUGCUUGCGGGUACGGCAAAGAGUGCAUGGAUAUCUACAAGAUCGUGCGAAGAUCAGUCGUCGACGAGGAACUGUAUCAUCUAGGGUUCGAGAGGCCGAUCGACUCUUGGCAGAUGCAGAAGAUGGAUUGGAAGGUUUUGGAAGCGAAGGUCAAGGGCUGGCUGAGCGCUGUGAAGCCGGCGGUCCAGACGCUCUUCUAUGUUGAAAGGAUGCUCUGCGACCGGGUCUUCACCACUGCGCCCGCCUCGGUCGGGGAGUCCGUCUUCUCCCACGUUGCGCGGGACGCCGCGGUUGCGCUGUUUGGGUUCACAGAAGGGGCGGCGAAGGCUAUCAAGAGGUCCCCUGAGAGAAUCUUCUGCCUGCUCGACAUCUACGAGGCCGUCGCAAACCUCCGCCUGGAUAUUGAGUUCACCUUCUCCUCCGACGCAACAUCCACUGUCAGAUCGCAUGCGUUCAAUUUACUGACCAAGCUUGGCGAGGCGGUUCCCGUGAUGCUCGGCAACUUUGAGGCCGCCAUCCAAAAGGACUCCUCCAAGCAGUCAGUAGUGUUAAAGGAUCAAGAUCCUUAUCUUAUUCUGCUACAUCGAAAGUCAGCUGCGGUCCCCAGUGGCGGCAUCCACCCGCUGACACGUGACGUCAUGAACUACCUCGCCUUGCUCGCCGACUAUGGCGGCGUCCUCAGAGACAUACUCGCCGACUGGCCAGUUGAUGGCAGCCAGAAGUACCCGGGGUUCCCAUACUCCUACUUUCCCGGCUGUGACCCUGCCACCUCCAUCACCGCUGGAGACGGCGAUGCGUCGGUGAAGUUUGCACGGUUUGCACAGCUCGCUCUCGUCCUACAGUGUAAGCUCGACGUGAAGGCCAAGCGGUACAAGGACGUGGCUCUCUCUUACCUCUUCCUCGCCAACAACCUCCAGUACGUCGUCAACAAGGUGGCUCAGUCCAACCUGAAGCACCUCCUCGGUGAGCACUGGGUGGCGAACCACGAAUCCAUGGUGAAGCUCUACGCUGACAACUACGAGCGGACGGGAUGGAGCAAGGUCUUCGCUUCCUCGUCCGGUCUGAGUGUUGAGAUUUCUUUGGGCCGGGCGAAGGAAUCGCUGAGGAGGUUCGACGCGGCCCUGGAGGAGGUUCAGGCUAAGCAGGCGGGAUGGGCCGUGACCGACUAGAAGCUGAGGGACGACAUCGCGCUGUCACUGGCGGAGGAGCUCGUGCCUGCUCAUCGGCGACUCUACGACGGCUGUCCGAGGAGAGAUCCGGUGGUCAAAUUCACCCCUGAUGAUUUGGAUAAUUACUUGGCUGGCAUGUUGCGCGCCACUGGCGGUGGCUCCGCGACCGUGUCGGAGGCGGCGUCGCGGUCGUCCAGCAGCUGGAAUGGAAAGAGCAUUCCAUGA